AUGCCCAAACCACCAUCCAACGGCGUGCGCCGGCGCCGGGAUCCUUCCGAGGACGCCACCACCACGAGCGCCACCGACAAGGUCGCCGACGCCGUCAAGGCCGUCGAGGACAAGGCAUCCCAGACGCUCCUGAUCCUAUGGGACGAGCUGGAGGACUGGCGGCGCGACAACGCCUUCAUACUGGGCGGGUACCGGCGCACCAGCAACAGCUACGCUGCGUCGCUGGCCAGCCUGCUGCACCUGCACAACGAGUCGGUCAACAUCUGGACGCACCUCGUCGGCGCCGUCGGGUUCACGGCCACGGGUGCGUACUUUUUGCAGGCCGUCGUCAGGCCCCGCGUCGCCGAGGCCUACGGAGGUGACGUGCUCGCUUUCGCCUGCUUCUUCGCCGGUGCGUUCCUCUGCCUGGGGAUGAGCGCCACCUUUCACACCCUGAGCAACCACUCACCCGCCGUCGCAAAGUGGGGGAACAAGCUCGACUACACGGGCAUCGUGUUCCUCAUUGUCGGCAGCUACGUCCCCGCGUUGUACUACGGCUUCCGUUGCCAUCCGGCGCUGUUGGAGCUGUAUCUGUCCAUGAUCUGUAUUCUUGGCCUAGGAUGCCUGGCGGUUUCCUGGGUAGACCAUUUCCGAUCCCCCGCCUGGCGGCCCUACCGAGCCCUUAUGUUCGUGGGCCUGGGCCUCUCUGGCGUUGUACCGGUGAUGCAUGCCAUCGGCGAGGAUGGAUUCGCUGCCUUGGACCAACGGAUGGGGUUGCGGUGGGUGCUGUUACAGGGCGGCAUGUACAUUUUCGGAGCCUUCAUCUAUGCGGCACGCUGGCCCGAACGGUCAUUUCCUGGUAAAUUUGACAUAUGGUGUAGCAGCCACCAGAUUUUUCACGUCUUUGUUCUCCUCGCCGCCGCAUCUCACUUGUACGGCAUGAUCAAAGCGUUUGACUUCCGGCAUAGUCCGAUGGGUUCCGCACAAUGCUGA